UUACCGUAACCUUAACCCCCCUGCCCCCUGCCCCCCAACCAGCCGCGAAGGCGUCUUGUAAUCCGGUGUUGACCAUUGACCAUGGCUGUCUCAGUCAGCUUUGUCAGAAUUACCCACAGGGAUGUUAAAAUGGCUAAUCCGGUAUCAUAUUCACCAAGCGAGAGAGAGGGAGAAAAGGAAACCGAAAGUAACCUCUACGGUUCCGUAUCAUCUGUACUCAGGUCAAGAUCACAUAAAAUAAUUGUUACAACAAAUUUAAACAAAUUUUAAAUUGCACAAGAAAUAGAAAUAAAGCCAGAUACAGUUUAUUAGGUACUCUCAGGUAAAGCUAAUGCAGUCUAAACUCCCGAUAAACUCCCCUUCCUGGAGGUUGCGAAAUCCAGUUUUUAUUUGUCUCUGAGAUGUCGAACCGACUGCAUGAUCUUUUUUCAGGACGUAGGUUUUGGGGGUGCUGUUGAUUUGUGUUUUGCGUUACUCAGAGAAGUGUUGCUGUUAUUCCGCCUGCCCUCGCUGACGUCAAUGGAGUGGACAAAACCGUAGAGACACCUGACCCCCUCAUAACGUGGGCGUACAGUUCAGCAGCGCCGAAAACCUGCAGCCCUCCAAGACGAUCCCAAAGUUGAAUCAACACUCGCCAAAACAGUUUCAACACAGACGGUGGAAGCAUCACCAUGGGGGGAUUUAUUGCGGGACGGUCGGGUUAGACUGCAUUAGUUGUCCAAUACUGCCUAAAUAGACAUUGGACCGUCCAAUGUCGUACAAAACUCAGGCUGAUCCCCGUGCUUCAAAACUAAAAGCUCAAAAUUGGAUUCAUAUGGUGUAACACAGUAUCCUGGGACCCGUCGUAUUCUGUGAUCUGAUUAGUUUGCCUUCAUCUCGACCCGAACGCAACCUCCUCUGCACUGUCGAGAACAAGAAAGGGAACAAUAACUGGAAUAAGGAAGCCACGCAAAAGUGAAAAAGAAUAGAAGGAGUAAAGGAAAUAUAUAUAAAUGUACAAGAGACAGUUAAAUGUAUAUUAACAUAUCAAUAUACAGUAGGCUAAAUCUACUUAGACCUGUUGUCUCUCUCUUUUUCUGUAUAGUGGAAGUCACACUUUGUUCCUAUUGGACAAAAACAUGGAGGCUGAGGCAGGACAAGUGUUAUUUUAGCAUAAUUAUGUGUACAAUCACGCAACACUUUUGAUUAGAGUGCCACUAAUUAACCUCCCAGACUGACUGAAAAAUCCAGAAGAUGAGUGACAGUGGGGAGGAAGAGACGCGGGGACCCGUGUGUCUGGGGACCAGCUGUCUGUCCGUGGCGAACGAGUGGCCAGAGUAUUGUGUUUCAUCGGUGUGCAGUGAACCCGGAUCCUGGAGCAGUUGGCCUCCUCAUGUUGAACUCUCAGAUACUCAGUGUGAAAACCUGGCAUCAGCCCUGAGGUCCAGCCCCUCCUGUUACAAAGAGCUGGAUUUCAGUAGAAACUCUCUGAAGGAAUCAGGAGCGGAGCUGCUGCUCGCUGGACUGGAGAGUCCAAACUGUAGAGUGGAGACUCUGAGACUGAGUGACUGCGUCCUGUCGAAAAGAUGCUGUGCUUCACUGGUCUCAGCUCUUAAGUCGAGCCCUUCCUACCUGAGAGAGCUGGACCUGAGCGGAAACAAGUACCUGAUGGAUUCAGGAGUGAAGCUGUUGUCUGCUGGACUGGAGAGUCCAAACUGCAGACUGAGGACUCUGAGACUUGUUUGCUGCGAACUGACAGAGAGCAGCUGUGCUUCUCUGCUCUCAGCACUUAGGACCAACCCCUCCAAUCUUAAAGAACUGGACCUGAGUGGAAACUGUCUGCAGGACUCAGGGGUGAAGCUGCUGUGUGCUGGACUGAAGAUUCCACACUGUACGUUGGAGACUCUGAGAAUUAGUUACUGCAAGUUGUCAGAGAACAGCUGUGGUUCUCUGGCCUCAACUCUGAAGUCCUACCACUCCCGUCUUAAAGAGCUGGACCUGAGUCUCAACCAGCUGCGGGAUUCAGGAAUAAAGGAGCUGUCUGCUGGACUGAAGAGCCCUCACUGUAGACUGAUAACCCUGAGGUUGAUACACUGUCUGUUCUCAGAUGAAGGCUGUGCUUCUCUGGUCUCAGCUCUGAAAACCAAGCCCUCUGGUCUGACUGAGCUGGACCUCAGUGGGAACGAGCUGCAACAUCAAGGGAUGCAGCUGCUGUCCGAACAUAUGGAAAGUCCCCUCUGUCAACUGAAGACUCUGAGAGUGGACUAUGGACGAAACUUGAUUACAACUCUCAGCCAUAUGAAAUAUCAGCGUGAGCCAUCGCUGGAUCCAAACACAACAGACACAGCCACUUGUUUGUUUGAGGACAAGACAGAAGGGAUGAAGCGCCCAUCAAGUUCUACACACUAUGGCGCUGCUGACACUUCACACUGCUUUCCAGUUUUUGAGACCACGCAAAGAAAAUUCUUUCAGUCUGCAUCAGAGGAUGCUUUUGUGUCGUCGAAGAAAAUGAGCCUCCCACUGCUGCCAUACAAGAGGAGAGAUGAUGCAUCUGUUCACAGAAAACGGAUCCCGUUAGCAAAAUCAGAAAGUUUGUCACUAGCAGAUUUUCAGUCUGCAUCAGAGGAUGCUUUUGAGGUGUGGCCACCAGUAAUAAUGGUUCCACCGGACGACUCUCAUCCCUCACUGGAUCUAAAAGCCGCAAACACAAAGCUUGAUUUAUCUGAGGACCAGACAGAGGUUAUGAAGGCCCCAUCACAUUUUACACCCGAAGUGUUAAAUGAAUGCGGAAAGACUUCAUACAGGUUCAGGGGCCCGUGUCCGGGUGCGUACCAGUGUGAUUCGACUGGGCUGGUGUUUACUAUGACUCGGGAGGGGGAGUUGUUGUACAGGAUCGUCCAGUGGGAUGAGGGCCUCCUCCAGUCAGCUGGAAAGACGCGUGCAGGUCCGCUGUUUAACAUCACGUGUUCUGAGGAUGCUAUAUCCCAGCUGGGCCUCCCGCACUGUGAAACAAAACCUGUACCGCUCUCUGAGAGCCUGUCCGUUGUCCACAUCAGUGAUGAUGGAAUGAACAUCAUUGAGCCGCGGGAAAUAACAGAAACCCACGUGGUUGUGGAUGUCCCUCACCUCUCCACUUUUGGCUUGGUAUGGGAUAUCAUCAAAAGGUUUCUGAACAUUCAGAAACCAAUAAGCAGCCAAGUUCUGCUGUUUCACCAACCAGCGUACACAAGGCGAGGCCGAAAACUCACUGUGUUUCUACUGCCAGAAAACGUCCCGGUGCUGGAGGUCAAAGCGCAACAGGAAAAUGCCGAGUACAUCGUGGCCCCAUCCACCUGCCCCCUCAUCAAAGGCCAAAUUUACAGUCUGGACUGUUCUGAGGCCUAUAAAGUUCAGCCUGCGUAUGCGCUGUUUGACUUCAAGUAUGGACCAAAUUACCACCCGACCUUUGAGAUUCGGCUAAGUGCGAGCACGGAGGAGGCGACUGUGACAGUCCGAGACCAAAACAAGGGACAAGUCUGGGAGUAUCAUGUUGAACUGACUGAACCAGCCUCAAGCCUAGCUGCUCUGUCAAAACAGGACCCAGCCAGUGAUCCAGCCCUGCCGUCAGUCCCAGCUGAAGAAGAAGGUUCAGGUUCCUCCUCAGCUUCAGUCUCCACUGUUGAGUCGAACCAGCCCCCAGCCAAGAAACCAGCCUCAGUCCCUGGACCAGCUGGAGGAGGAGGUCCUGGUCCAAGUGGGCAAAAACUACAAAGGGCAGGAGAAGAAGAGAGGAAGCUGUUCUCUAGUCGGACAGAGUUUAUUGACAGAGUGUCCACUUCUGUUCUAAACGACCUGCUGGAUACGCUUCUGCAGAACAGGGUUUUGAACAGCAGGGAAAUGGAGUCGAUUCAAGCAAUGCCCAGGGCAGACAGAGCACGAGAGCUGAUCGACACGGUGCUAAGAAAGGGAAACCCGGCUUGUCGGAUCCUGAUCGAAACCUUCUGUGAGGUGGAUCCCUUUCUUUCUGAACUGCUGCACUUAAACUGAGGCAAAAAUAAGAAACAGUUGAAUACUGAUGCAGUCAGUCUUGUGUCAGUGUAUUUUAUACCGUAGAGCAUGAGAUGCUUUAUUUUCAAACACCUCGUUUUGAAUUUUCACUCUGAGUUUUGCAUGAAAGACCACAGACUAUAUGGAUGCAGGAAAAAAAAUAAAAACAUUUAUGACUGGUUCCAAGAACUGUGAUUGGUCCAGCUACUGCGAGCCAAAACUCAGGUGACGCUAAAAGCUGUGCCACAUUGUCACACACAGGCAACGCCGUCAGCUGACUGUUGAAAUAUUUUUUUUAUUCAACAGAUAUCUUUUAUUUUAUUUUUUUUUUGGUCCCUGUGGCAAGAGUAAGGGACUCUGCCCAUCACCUGUUUUUUUUCCAAGUACUGUAUUUAUUGUAUAUGGCACAUUUUAUGUAUCCCUGUAAAUAUAUGUAUAAUUAAAACUGAUGGUUUGGCUUUUUCUUGCAGAUCAUACUGCAAUUUUAAAAUGCAAGUUGUAUUCUGUGAUCAGCGUAUUGAAUACAGUAUGUUACACAAAUGACAUAACACGAUAAUGUGGGGUGAGGAUGUGAAAAUAUGUGAUGAGGGGAAAUGAAUUGAAUGUAAUACAUGUCCUUAAUUGUCUGUUAAAUUGCAUUUUUUUAUUUUUAUAAAAGGUUUCUAAGAUAUUUUCUAUGUAUUUUUA